AAGUGAACAGAGUGUAAACAAACGCACCAUAAAUGCACCACCUGGGGGCAGUGUUUCCAAAAUCCUGACAAUUUCUGCCAAGAGUCACUUCCUGGUCGACGACAAGAAGCCGGAAACAGACGUCAACAACGGGCUGUUUUGGUUCCACGACAAAUUUUGAAAAUGGCAGAUGAAGAGGAUGAAACUGGCUUCGAGGAGGAGUUGGAUGAGAGCUGCAGUGGAGUGGACGUGUGCCACGGCCGGAGAAAGAGGCUCUUCUCCAAGGAGCUACGCUGUAUGAUGUACGGCUUCGGUGACGACCAGAACCCAUACACUGAAUCGGUGGAUAUCUUGGAAGAUCUGGUGAUUGAGUUCAUCACAGAAAUGACCCACAAAGCCAUGUCCAUCGGGCGCCAGGGUCGCGUUCAGGUGGAAGACAUCGUCUUCCUUAUUCGAAAGGAUCCCAGAAAAUUCGCCAGAGUCAAAGACCUGCUGACCAUGAAUGAGGAGCUCAAGAGGGCCCGCAAAGCUUUUGACGAAGCUAACUAUGGCUCAUAAACUGCAGCUGAGACGAUUUAAUAAAAUGACUUUGGUAAACCCUGGAUUGGUCGACCAUCACAUUCAUAUGUCAUUUUCAGAACCUAAGGAUCAAUUAAACCUGCAUGUUUUUGUACUAUUCAUUAUUUACUGAUUUGUGCACACCAUCUGUUAGACAACACCAUCCAUACCUUACCUUUUAAGCAGGUGUUAUACUCCCAAGAACCAUUUUAAAUAAACAUAUGCUUUAAAAUAA